UAGAUGCUAAUCAGUAUUCUUGCGGGCCUUUUUUAUAUUUUAUUUUUCGACUUGUAAUUAUUUAUAUAACUUCGAUUUUGUUAGUCCACUGAAGUAAGGCAGCCUCACUGAUCACCCCUUCAAACGUUCUGGUUUGAUUACCCGACCAGCUUUCCUUCUCUAUCUUCCUGGUUUAAAUAUAUACGAAUAUUGCUAAGCAGGAUCAGAGGAAAGAGAAAUGAUUGAGCAUCAUAUGAUGCUACACACUAAGGUCGUUUUGUUCCUGCUUCUUCUUCUUUUCUGUCAGCUGCUUGGUUAUGGAUUCCACAUCCGAAAGGAUGUUCCAUUUACCGAUUGUACAGUGUAUAGUCCAGCUUGCCGUUGUCCAGCGUACAAUCCAAAUUGCGGCCGCUCAUCCACGGACAAGGUACAAAAUUGCAGUAAUCCUGGAACGUUGCCAUGUGAUGAAGUACACGCUCUUGAUAAAUUCGUAGAAGAGUUGAAAUUACCAUCAUCAACGCUCAUUACUGGGGAUUGCGAUAAGAUGGACUUCGAUGAUAUUACAAUUGGAUGCUCCUGCUCCGACGAGAAUAAUAGCCCCGUCUGUCAUGUCACUUCCAUAUCUACUGGCAUUUUGGACUUGAAAGAUGGAAGAAUUGAUAAAGAUGUAUCGAUCCUUACUUUCUUGGAGAAAAUUGAUUUGUCCUCCAACCAUCUUCGUUGUGCUAUUCCUGACUCCUUAGGGAAUCUGAAGGCUCUGGUUUAUCUCAAUCUGAAAAAUAACUUCCUCAAGGGCUCCAUACCUCUAUCAUUGGGGAACCUGGCAUCACUCCAGGUUUUGACUUUGAGCAACAAUAGGUUGUCAGGUGAAAUUCCUAGAGAACUGGGCAAACUCUAUAAUCUGAUUACAAUGGAAUUAGAUGAGAAUCAACUCAGUGGUAGUCUUCCAUUGGAAAUUGGAAACCUGAGGAAGCUUGAACGCCUUGAUUUGAGUUCCAACAAAUUGACUGGACCUCUGCCUCCAACUUAUAAAGACCUCAAGUCUCUAAUCUUUUUUGGAGUAGCUGGGAACAGCUUGAAUGGUUCGAUACGAAAAUUCAUUUCAGGAUGGACUAAUCUCAGUUCUCUGUAUCUCAUGGGAAAUGAUUUUGAAGGGGGCCUGCCUGAUGAAAUUUUUAGAAUGAAAAAUCUUCAAUCUUUGUGGGUUAGUGACCUAAACAACAGCGCUGGUUUCUCUUUUCCAAAACAUAUAGAUAUGCCGUCAAUAUAUAAAAUGAUACUGAGGAACUGCUCCCUUAAAGGCUAUAUUCCUAAUAAUAUUCCACAGUUAUAUUACCUGGAUUUGAGCUUUAAUCAAUUAACUGGUGAGAUCCCAAAAGCUGUGGAGAAUGUGACAACGAUGCUUUUGACCGGAAAUAUGCUUGAAGGACCAAUCCCUCCUCUCGUUGAUGAUAACUGGGAUCUGUCUUACAACAAUUUCUCAAUUCUGCCCAGCAACGAUUCCAGAAACAAGUCCCAUGCACCAAAGCCAAACAUCAAACCGAGCAGGAAUUAUACACUUGAAGCGAGAACCAAAUUUUGCAAGGGGAAAUCAAAGUACUAUUCCUUGUUCAUAAAUUGUGGAGGUGCAAGUUUACCUUUUGAAGGGAAUCAGUAUGAUGGAGAUGUAUCACAAGCCAAGUUCUACGAAGGUCCAGAGAAAAGUAAAGAAAAAAGAUGGGCUUAUUCUUGUUCUGGAGAAUUCUUAUCAUCAUACGCUAAUUCAAGUGAUUACAUAAAGAACAAGACAUGUGGAGUUUCAGAGGAAUCUUUGCAUGAAACAGCUCGUCUUUGUCCCGUGUCUCUCACAUAUUAUGGGUUCUGUUUACAUAAGGGAAAUUACACUGUAAAACUUCACUUUGCUGAAAUUGUUUAUUCAAAGGAUGAAGAUUAUAGCAGCUCUGGAAAACGUAUUUUUGAUGUGUAUAUUCAGGGUGAGAGAAAACUAAAAGAUUUCAGCAUAAAGGAUAAAGCUAAGGAUCCAAACAAAGCAUUAAUAGAAGAAUUCGUGGCACAUGUAGAUGACAAUUUGCUGGAGAUCCAUUUUCACUGGGCUGGAAAGGGAUCUAUGUACACCUCACCACUUCUCAAUGGACCACUUGUGUCAGGCAUUUCUGUGACCCCAAACUUCACAAUUCCUGGAGGCAAUAAACUAUCUACUCCACAGAUAGUAGGGAUCACAGUAGGUUCUGUACUUGCUCCAAUUCUUCUCUUGGCUUUGAUGUGGAAAAUGGGCUGGCUAGGUAACAGAGAGUUGAAAGAAAUACAUAUAGAUGUUGAAGACAGAAGGUUCACCCUCAAACAAAUCAUAGAUGCUACUCAAAAUUUCAGCCCUGAAAUGAUGAUAGGUAGAGGACGUUUUGGGAUAGUGUAUAAGGCUGAACUGUCAGAUCAGAAUGAUCUGAUUAAAUUUGCAGUGAAGAAGAUUUCCCCUGAAUCAAUGCAAGACAAGCUUAAAGAUGAAUUACAAGGGGAGAUUUUUUUCAGCCAGAUGAAAAGAUUGAAACAUGAGAACAUAAUUCAGCUUUUUGGUGGUUAUUCAAGAAAAGACCUUCAUCUACUAAUAUACGAAUACAUGGAGAAAGGCUCCCUUCACCAAGCCUUAUUUGAUCCAAAUUCCAAAAUAGAACUUGAUUGGAAAGUUAGAUUUAAUAUCUGCCUGGGAUUAGCAAAAGCUUUGAAGUAUCUGCAUGAAGUGGAAGAAGAUGGACUCAAAAUUCUGCACAGGAAUAUAAAAACCAGUAACAUUUUGCUUGAUAAAAAUUACAUUGCUAAGUUAACCGACUUUGGAUGGGCAAGGGUUUAUAGUGAGGAAGAUCCAUUUUUGACUAUCAAAGCAGGAGGGGCAAGAGUAUAUGUUGCACCUGAGUAUGCACUGGGGCAACCCAUCACCGAUAAAGCUGAUGUUUAUAGUUUUGGGGUUGUGGCACUUGAAAUAUUCAGUGGAAGACCUGGUAUAGACAAUCAACCAAAUCGGGAAGCUGCUAUUCUUACAGAUGAUGCUCGUAUUGCACAUGCAAAGGGAAAGAUGUUUGGUUUGGUUGAUAGGAGAUUAAUCAAUUAUGAUAGGAAGAAGGCCUUGAAUAUUAUGAACUUGGCGAUUUUAUGCAUCAAUGCAACUGCAGAUCUUAGGCCUACAAUGUCUGAAGUAGUCAGUGUACUUGAAGAUGAGAAAACCGUUGAUCAGAUAUCUAAAGUUGGGAAAUUAUCCAAUACUCCAGCUGCACAUCCAUCCUCAAUAAUAAUUAUGUGGGGUCUGCUUUUUUUAUUACACAAAAAGCCUACAUUUUUAUGAGCGAGAAAGCACUUCAGCACUCAGAGUAUUCAAAAAUUUCCCUCCAAAGUCCUAAUUUCCUGAGGGAAUUCCGCAGCUUUCUUUAUAUGUUUACCUUUUCAGUGUGUUUUUCUUACCUUGUUUGUAGCAUAUAUAUCUAAUGCUGUGUGGGUAUGUAUAAUUAUAUAAUAUUCACAGAACUUGUAUAAUGUUUACAGCAGAUUGCUAGAAAUAUGUUUUUCAUGAAUGAUAGAUUUGGUGGUGUCAGCCUCAUUAAAACUU